AUGGUCGUCUCCUUCAAGCUCCACCGCCGCGGCCGCCGCUUCUACCCGCCGCCGCCCCCCGCGUCCGCCCCCGCCGCCGACGCCCCGGACGCCCCGCCCAAGCCGCCGCGGGAGGUGAGCACAGCACCCUCCCCUCGCCGCGCCUCCCCCGUUCACCACAAUCUCCUCCGUACCGCGACACUCCGUCGCGACCGCGACCGUACGGCCGCCGCGGCGAGGCCGGGGCUCGGCGGCGCCGACCGAUCGUCCGCACGCGGGGCCGAUCCCGCCGAUUCCGGCCUAGAGGCGUCCUUCGCGCUGAACCUGUUCCCGGACGGGUACUCCGUCGGUGGGCUCGACAAGGGGAUGCUUGUGUUUCUGAUCGGCGAUGAUCCGGAGAAGAAGCCCUACACCAGGGCAUCCAGAGCUUUGCUGUCUGAUAUUGAGUAUGGCUGCUUGCCUAAAGACAUCUUGCAUGGCAUCCCUUGCAAAUUUCAAAAUGGAGUUGUUGUUUGUGAGGUGCGGGACUACCGGUCCUUCCUGUCGAAUGGGGAUGAUUCUUCAGAAUACGACUUCCCCAUAAUGAACAGAAUUGCUCUUAGAUUGGGCACUGAAUGUGUUGUCAAUGAUCUAUCUUUGAUUGCGGAUGCUUCGUGGACUUAUCACGAGCAAUUGAUUGCCGAGUCGACCAUCAUUAAUUCCUUGCAACCCAUGCUUAAUUUGGAUCCUAAGCCAUGCCUUGAAAAGCUUUGCAACUCAGUUAAGAAGAUCGAUUUGGGUCUACAUAAUGGAAGAUGGCGAAUGAAAGAGACAUCUCUUCUCAAUUCUUCUCCUGGCCCUCCUGAAAAACGAAAGCCCGAGGAAUGUGACGGCUGGGAAGGUGCAGCAGUAUGCAUUGAGAAUUCAGCUUUAGAAGUCUUGCCAAGUGGAAUACUGAGCUGCUCCCCCGUCAACUGUCCAUCACCUCCCCAAGUUAACAGUGCCAAAUCAACUGUAGUGUCUGAUCCUGAAGAUACUACUCAAUGUUCUUCUACCAUUAUCAACAGUUCUGCCUUCUGUGACAGAGAACAAAGUGCAUCAAGUACUCCUGCUUCUGAUAAUUUUCUUCAGAAUCAUGAUCAGCAGGCGGACUUAGCUAUCGUGAAGGUUGAUCAUAAAAAGGGACCAUUGCAACCAGAGACAGUUCUGCCACAAAAGAGAAAGGAGUGCUCGAAUCUCGUACAUGAAAGGCGGUUUUCAGACAAAAGUGCAAGGUUGAGCUUCCAAAGUUCCAAUGACCAGUUUCAAAAGUCAGCGGGGGCUUCAAAUAAAGGUCUUAUGCUAGGAUCUCCAAAAGAACCGUCGGUUGAGGACAUGGUAGAUCAGACGAUAGGCAACAAGGACAUGGAAGUACAUCAACACAAGUCCUUCUCAACUCCUUCCCUUAACAUAAAGGAUCCAUUUUCAGAAAAAUUCGCCGAAAAGGUUAAUCAGGGAUCUCGGAAAGAACUGCCAGUUGAGGUUAUGGUUGAUCAGACCAUGGGCAAAAAGGACAUGAGAUUACAGGAACAGAAGCCCUUCUCAGUUAUCCCAACAAAUCACCCAUUUCCUUCGUUCAACAGAAAUGAUCCAUGUUUAGAACAGUUCCCUGAGAAGGUUAAGCUGGGAUCCGGAAAAGAGCUGCCGGUUGAGGUCAAGUUAGAACAGGCAAUUGGCAGAGGAAAGGAAAAUGAGCCCCUGUCAAUACUCCCGACCACUCUUCCACAGUCUUCCUUGAUUAAAAAUAGUCUGCAUGUAGAAAAAAUCCCUGAAAAGGUUCACUCUUCGCAUACAACAAUGAGAGAAAGUCAUCUGGUCUCAUUUGUAGAUGUGGGCAAUCACGGAGGAGAGCUCAAGGACAGUUCAGUGACAUCUGUAACCUCCUGCAAUGCAAGUUCAGGAAAUGCAGAUGCCAAACCCCAUGAGGAUAAAGCUUCUAUGGAGCCCCAACCUACUACUUCAAAGAUAAAAGUAUCAGGAACUUCUACCAUUUCUCUGAACCAGCAAAUCAAUUUCGAAGGGAAUGGGCAGAAACAAGCUGAUAUUCUGGUCAGGCGUUCGUGUGAGGACAGAAGCUCAAUAGAGCCAGGUGUUACUGAUGGUACUAGCAGUCAAUCUGGUAUUUCUCCAGAUAUUGAGUUGUGCAUUGGAUACCCUUUAUAUAACAUUGAACCUAACAUAGAAAAGAUUCUAUCAGAGGUCAUCUUGACCACCCAGAGGCAUGCACCAGAUGGAAAUGCUGAUAAAAUUGAUGGUGUUGAAACAUUGACGCAAUUGAAUUCCUGCUUACCAUCUUGUAUCGUUCGGUAUGAGAGUGCUGAGGGAAGUCCGUACACACGGGAAGAGACCAUUUCAUGCUGUCUGACUAGGAGAAUGAAACAUACUCGAAAUAUCAGAAGCUUUGUUUUUCACUGUGUACAGUAUUUCUGUGGAGGUAUUGUUGAUCAAUCUCAUUACAUACUUUGCCUUCUUGAGUCUGAAUCACCAGAGGACCAUCAAAUUGCUGUUGAAAUGAUAUCGGGAGACGAGCGUUUUCAUAUUGCUACUCUUCCCACUUCUGAUCAAGCAAAGAAGUUUGUGGAUCAAUUCAUUCUUCUGAUGAAACGGGAUGGUUACACACUAUGCAAUUCUACGGUCUGUAAUGGAUUCUCUGAACCCACACAGCAAUCCGCAGAUGUAUCUCAGCCGGGCUAUCUGACUGGAGAACACUCACAGUACCAGGAGUUCUCGCCUUCCGUUGCGAAAAGCAUUGUGAUUAAUGAAUGCAAGGAUACAGGUUUUGCAUCGGAGAAGAGGCUCCCAGAUGUACAUGCCAAUGCUCGGCAGCAAGGGAGCCAGCAAUGGGGACUGCCAGAUGUACAUGCAGCUGUUCUGCAUCAAGGGAGUCGGCAGUGGGGCCUGCCAGAUGUGCAUGCAAAUGCCCAGCCCGAAGGGAGUCAGCAGUGGGGGAUGCGAGAUGCACACAGAAAUGCCUCGCAGCAUGGGAGUCGUCAUCAGCAAUGGGGGCAACCAUAUGCACACACAAAUGUUCCACAGCAAGGGGGUAACCAGCAAUGGGGGCAACCAUAUGCACACACAAAUGUUCCGCAGCACAAGAGUAACCAGCAGUGGGGGCAACCAUACGCACACGCAAAUGUUGCGCAGCAAGGGAGUAACCAGCAGUGGGAGCAACCAUACGCACACGCAAAUGUUGCGCAGCAAGGGAGUAACAACCAGCAGUGGGGGCAACCAUACGCACAGGCAAAUGUUGCGCAGCAAGGGAGUAACAACCAGCAGUGGGGGCAACCAUACGCACAGGCAAAUGUUCCGCAGCAAGGGAGUUACCAACAGUGGGGGCAGCCACACCCACACACACACGCAAAUGUUCCGCGGCAAGGGGGCAAUCAACAGCGGGGGCAAACAUAUGCACACGCAAAUGUUCGGCUCAAAGGAAGCAAGCAGCAACGGGGGAUGCCAGAUGCUCAUGCAAAUCUUCGGCAUCAAGGGAAACAGCAAUGGUCGCUGCCAGAUGAUCAUAGUACAAAUGCUAUGCACCAAGGGAGCCAGCAGCAAUGGGUACAGCCAGAGAAGCAACCCUCAGCCUCGGCUAAUGUCGGCACACCCCACUUCUCGAAUCCUGGUUACCCAGCCGAGCAGCAGUAUAGCAACAGAGUCUUCCAACAAGACCAGAGGUGGCCACCAUUUUCGGGUGGGACGUGCUCAACGAAUCAGCACCAGCACCAGCACCACCACUAUCCCCAAAGCAGACAGGAUACACCAAGAGGGUCCGACGAGAGAUACGCUGCGACCACAAGCAUGGGCGCCGGCAGCUAUGGCCAGCGGCACCACCAAGCUCCUCACCGACAGAAGCGCGGCGGCAGGAGGACGUACCCGUGGGGUUUCCAGGAUUCCAGCAGGCAGGUGCAGAUCAACAACCUGCCUCCAAUGCAGGCCGGGAGGAGCGUGGUGCUGUCGACGCUGCGUCCCGCUGGAGGCACACAGACGAGCUCCCCGACCACCGGUUCGGAUGGCUGCGUCACAAGCACGUUCCUGGCGUGUCCCAGUGGUUACGACCAGCACCCGCCGCCGCACGGGAUAUGCUGAAGGGUGAUGUUAUCCAGCGUGGUUUCGUUGGCGCGCUUUUGGUUCAGAUUGAAAGUACGGGAAGUAAUUUGCAGGCAUCAUAUAGAUUACCGAUCUUUUGUAGAGAUGAAUGAAGUUCCUUCUUUUGUUUCGCGCUUCGCCGGUGGAUAGCAGGUGCACGGUGGUUUGUCUAUGCUCUGGUAGCCUUAGCGUGAUGGCUACAUUUCUGUCAAGUACCAAGGGUUUAGGGUUUAGGGUUAGGAUGGGCUACUGAUGUUUUUUGCUUGCAGCAUUCUGUUGUCAUUGGCAGUUUGGUUGCUUGAGGCUCCUCCUGGGCAGUAUCACUGAAAUUUGGUGUGGCAUUGCAUAUGGAAAAGAUGAUGAAAACUCUCUGGUUA